GCGAGAGAGAAACAGUUGUCUAUGGAACUUCCCUGAAAAAGUAUAAAAAGAAAAAAUAUUUGAAUUCAGAACUCAGUGUUCGGUUUGUGCCAGUGUGUGUCUACUUCGGGAAGCAAAGAGGAAGCCGAGACCAGUUCCAGCGGGAACCAUGGACCACGUCGAGUUUCGAGUCAAAGCGAAGGAGAUGGUGGACUACAUAGCGGACUACCUGGAGGGCGUGGGCGCGCGGCGCGUGUACCCGGCCGUGCAGCCGGGCUACCUGCACGCGCUGCUCCCGCGCGCCGCGCCCGCCCAGCCCGAGCCCUGGGACCGCAUCAUGCGGGACGUGGAUGACGUCAUCAUGCCCGGGCUGGUGCACUGGCAGAGUCCGCACAUGCACGCUUACUUCCCGGCGCUGACGUCGUACCCCUCCAUCAUGGGGGACUUCUUGUCCAGUGCUCUGAACGUGCUGUGCUUCACUUGGGCCUCUUCACCAGCGGGCACGGAGCUGGAGACCAUCGCCAUGAACUGGCUCGGCAAGAUCCUCGGCCUGCCCGAGUGUUUCCUCAACGAGCAGAACGACAGCCUCGGCGGCGGAGUCAUUCAGACUACGGCUAGUGAGGCGACCCUAGUGUCCUUACUGGCAGCUCGGACCCGCACCCUCACGGAGCUGUCUCAACUGAACCCUGAGGAGCAGAGUGCAGCUCUACUGGCUCACCUGGUGUGCUACUGCUCCGACCAGGCGCAUUCCUCGGUGGAGAAGGCUGGGCUUAUUGGUUUGGUCCGCAUGCGGUACAUCGAGUCUGAUGAGAACCAGAGCAUGCGCGGGGAGAAGCUCGAGGAGGCCAUCAUCAGCGACAAGGCCAAGGGACUCGUGCCUUUCUGGGUGUGUGCAACCCUGGGAACGACGGGGUCGGUGGCGUUCGACAACCUGCGUGAGGUGGCCGUCGUGUGUCAAAAGUACGGAGCGUGGCUUCACAUUGAUGCGGCGUAUGCUGGUAGUGCUUUCGUGUGUCCUGAGUUCCGCCACUGGAUGGACGGCAUGGAGAUGGCUGACUCCUUCGCGUUCAACCCCUCCAAGUGGCUCAUGGUGUCUUUCGACUGCACCGCCAUGUGGGUGAAAGACAGCACGGCUCUUCACCGGACCUUCAACGUCAAUCCCAUUUAUUUGAGGCACGAAAACUCAGGAAAGGCUAUCGAUUACAUGGGUAGCAACAAAAAACGAUACAAAAUGAAGAAAAUCCGCACAGACUCAGACACAAACGGAAAACAAAUGAAUGGAAAAGAAAAGGAUACAGUUAUAGACGAUGGAUAUUACUACGAAGAUACAGAAAAACUUGGAGGUUACGACAAAAUGGCGCCUGGAUGUACUGAAAAGAUACAACUUGAGAAUCCGGAUAAGAAGGAGUAUUUACACUGGCAAAUACCGCUGAGUCGUCGCUUCAGGGCCCUGAAGCUGUGGUUUGUGCUGAGGAACUACGGGGUUUCAGGAUUACAGAAGCAUAUUCGCAAGGGUGUGAAAUUGGCGAAGGAAUUUCAAGCCCUAGUGGAGUCCGAUGUCAGGUUUGAAGUGCCCCAGAAUAGCAACCUGAGUCUAGUGGUGUUCCGUCUCAAAGGCGACAACGCGUUGACAGAACGCCUACUGCGGCGGUUGAACGCGCGCGGUCACAUGCACGCCGUGCCCGCCUGCUUCAAGGACACCUACGUCAUCCGGUUCACUGUGACGUCACAGCGCACCACCAGCCAGGAUAUACUGGUGGACUGGGAGGAGAUCAAGCUGGUGGCUUCAGAGAUCCUGGUGGAGACCUUCGGGUCAGACCACGGCAACAUCAGCCUCGACGCGCGAAAGAGACCCAAGGUGUCUUUGAAACAGACCCGUGAGCUGAACGCGACGUUCGGCACCAGUCUCCUGCUGGCCAACAGCCCGAUGUCGCCCAAGAUCGUGAACGGCACGCACGCCGCCAUCUGCGACUAUGAGCAGGUGCUGACGUCAUGCGCGCAAACCGCGGCGCAGCUCAAGAUGGAGCCGAAGGAUAGCCCUGAGAUGCGUCGUCGCAUCCGCGGCAUCAAGAUGUCGGGUAAGAUGUUCUCGCUGGACUCCUGCAUGGACCUGGUGCAGGGGCUGAUGGUGGAGAGCAUGGUACUGCCGCAGUGUGCUGAGGAGAAGGAGGAGGUUACUAGCAAUGGUUCCAGCGGCGACAAGUCUUCCAACUCAACUUCUCCAAUGGCAUCUAGUGGCAACAAACUUGAAACAAACACCGAUGAUAACCAACUGCAAAUACCAGCAGCACCCAGGCAGAUCCGAUCAAAAUCUGUAGAUGUCUCUCUUUCAGAACUAUUUGAAGACGCUAAAGUCACCAUUGAUGUGGAAAAGAAUGAAAUUGUUAUCACUCCAACAGGCAGCAAAGUUUUCGCUGAUGAUAUUAAAAAAUCUGAUGCAGUUAAUGAUAAAAUGAGCAUUGGGGAGAAGUUCAGUCAAGCAUUUGAAAAUUUGCAGGAUAACUUGCAAAUGCUUAGGGACGGUAAUGAUGUUGAUGAUGGUAAAGAUGAUGAGGCAAACAGCAAACUGACAAUCAAAGGUCCAGGUAGUUACAUUAAGAAAUUGAUUCAACAAUUUAGCGAAGCCCCUGUUGAAAAUGAUGAUGCGAAGGCCGACUCUGAAACUGAGCAAACCACGAUGAAAGGUAGGGCUGAUGCCAUUUGCAAAAAGUGCUUACAUUACAAAGGAAAACUGAAAAAGUAAAUUUCGCAUCGAUAGCUUCAUACUGAUUUAUGAAAAAAUCUUGAAAAAAAUAUGCAACAAGGCAUGAUACUUGACACUGUGAUUUAAAAAAAAAGCUUCUUAUUAUUUUGUUCAAACUUACACACAAAAUAUAGCAUGAAUCGUGGAUAAGUUUUAAUAGUUUAUAGUUUUAUAAUUAUUCCAGCACAAUGUGUUUAUUUUUAUUAACCGUAAUACAGAAAAUAAUAGUAUCAUGAAAGUCACACAAAUAUAAUUUUAACAAAUUUUCAUAGAAUAUAUUAGAAUGGUAGAUUGUCUGGAAUAAAUAAUAAUAUUAAAUAAAUUGUAGUUUUAUAGUUAUAGUUGUAUGAAUAUUCAUUAUAAAUAAAUGUUGUCGACAUGACUGUGUACCAAUUUUGGUUCAAGUGCAUGAUAAAUUUGAUGGUAUAUAAAAUAUGUAGGCAUAUAGGUACCUAAACAAUAUUUUUUGUCUUUAAAACAUAAUAUUGUGUAUUUAGAAUAAACUGCUGUGCAAUAUCAAUAAACUAUCUUGUAGUAAUAUAUUACUUAUUGUAGAAGAAAAUAUUAAAAAUUAUAAUAAUGUUAUGUAGGUAUGUAAGUGAUAUAUAUUUAUCAAUUUAAAUUAUCGAUUUAAAAUUGUGGCUUGAUUAAAAAUAUUAACCAAGAAUUUCUACUGCGCAUAUUAAACCAUUUAGGUAGUUAAUCAGUACCUACAUUAGAUGAAAAAAAAAGUUUUAAAAAACUUCUGAAAUUAUCUCUGUUGUUUAUCCCAUAAUGUGAUCUUGUUUUUACAAUAAGUUUAGUAUAGGUGAAUAUGUACGUAUAUGUAGAUUAGAUAUGGUAUCUUGAAUAUGUAUUUAAAUUACUAGUUUGCAUAAAAUCCUAAAAACGUACCUAUAACCAACAAUAUAAAAAAAACUUACAGAAAAUUAAAACUUCUUACACAUUUUAGUAAAUGAAAUCUGAAAUGAAUGUACCUACUCUUAAAUAAGUACAGUCAACAAACUUUGAUUGAACUCUUCUACUCGAAUCUAUGGGUGCUUACAUAAAGAAUCAGGUUCCCUGCAUGUAUCUACCCGUACCGGUAACUUGAUUACGUAGCGCUGACUGAGAGAUUUAAAACCGAUAAAUGAUGAUAGCGCACUCGCAGAAAGAUAAAGAAAGAUAGAAACAGCAGGUUACCGGUACGGGUAGAUACAGGGAACCCAGUCUCUCUAUGUAAGCACCCUAUCUUCUGUGACUUUUAGGAUUAUUUGUGCUGGUGGGCAUACUUAUAUAAUAUUUCUCUUCUAUUGUUGACUGUACUAUUUAAAAAAAUAUCAUAAUUAUAUUUAAAAUUGAUUCUAUAUUCUCUAUAUGUCUACCGUAAUUUUAACAAGUUUAAUUAGGUACUAGGAUAAUAUUAUUAUUAAUACACAAAUUAGAUAUUAGUAGAAUUAGCGUGUUAUAAAAACAUACUAUUAAAUGCUUCGAUAUGAAUAUGAAUUAAUCUUGAAGUUUUA